AAAGUGGAGGGGCUGCAGCCAGACCCAGUCUGCAGGCUGCAGCAAGGCAGGCAAAGGCAAAACGUCUCAGCUGCAAGGGGGUGCGAUUAGGGUCGGCACUCGGCACGGCACCCAUCAGCCCGACGCCGGCGGCCGCCGGCGGCUCCCACCCUACGCCACGCCUCCUCGCCGUAUCCCCAUCCUCGCCGCGCGACUGUCUUCCUCACCCCUCUAGAUGGAGAAAGGUCGUAAAACCAAGGCAAGUUGGGAUUCGUUUGCCCACAAAGUUUUUUGUGAGAUCUGUAAGGAAGAGGUUAGCGCCGGGAACAGGCCAGUGGCAUCUCUGAGUGCGACUGGAUACAAGAACCUCCAUCAGAAGUUUUUAGCUAGGACAGGAAGAAAUUACGAGAGGAAGCAGUUCAAAAAUCGAUGGGAUUUUUUGAAGAAAGAAUAUGGGCAUUGGGUGGCCUUCACAAAGGCUGCAACUGGACAGCGAUGGAAUAGUGAAUUGGGAACGGUAGAUGCUGACAACGAAUGGUGGGUGAAGCACAUAGAGGUCCACCCAGAAUCUGUAAAGUUUCGUAACGGACCACCAGAAAACCUUGCUUACCUUGUUGGUAUGUUUGAUGAGGCUCAUGUGACGGUUGGAACUUCUGCCAUCCCUGGUGAACAUAUAGAAGACCUAACUAAUCUUAUUGAGGUCGAGGAUGGCGAUGAUGAUGUGGAAACUAACAUCGUGGCCAGCCAAAAAUCAAAGGAAGCUGAAAAGCGGAGGGAUGCUAUUGUUUCUGCUGGCCCAAAGAAGAAACAAAAGAACCCUACUUCCCAGGAGUUCAGGUAUGUGCCAAACAUAGUUGCUGGUAGCACUUCAGGGACAUCUUCUAGUGCUGUUCCAACUGGUCAUCGGAUUAAAGACGUCAUCAAAUUGGCUGUGCAAUCUGGGGCAAAGGAGUGCAGCGAUCUGUUUUUCACGGCCACCAAGCUGUUCAUGAAUGCAGAUUAUAGAGAGCUAUUCAGUGCUCUGGAAACCAACGAAGGAAGGCUCGAUUGGCUGAACAGGAUGCAUGAAGAGGCAAAGAAGAACUAACGUUUUUGCUUCUCCCUAGCCUCAGGACGAUAGGUAGAUAGAUAAAUCCAUGCUUGUGUGAACUAUUAAUCUUUUUAGAGACUUGAGGGAUAAGGCUUAUUCCCCAUGCUUUCCAAUUUGACUUGAACAAGGGUGGGUGGACUCGGAUUGAGCUUCACCCCAUAAGGGCUCUCAUGUCAUGUGACUACUAAUUUAUAGGUUUUACAGUAUACUAGCUUUUAUAUGUCUUGAGCAUAUAUUAACUCUUGAGCUGAAGGCAAGCUACGGUUUUCACUUGUUC